AUGAAUUUCCCUUCGGCCAUAAGUGCUUACGUAAGGCACACCUGCAAUGAUUCCUCAAAAAUCACCGAUGGCAGUACAUAUUCCACAAACUUAAACCUAGUUAUCAAUGAUCUAUUUCUUAAUGCACCUCAAAGUUCAGGGUUUAACACUUCUUCCCGCGGCCAGUCUCCCAAUAAGGUCUAUAGUCUGCUCCAAUGUACUGAGAAUAUAUCAGCAGAGAGAUGCUCAAAAUGUGUGCUCGAAGCGAAUAAGACAAUUCAAAAUGUUUGUCACAACGACAUGAGUGGACUAAUAUGGUUUGAUGACUGCUUCCUGCACUAUGACAACUCAAAUUUCAUUUCAAUUCUAGAUGCUAGUGGAGAAAGCUAUAGCAACCAGAAUGAUAUUAGCAGCGAUAUGGAUUCUUUUCAGACCACAACAACUGACCUUCUGUCGAAUCUGUCGAACAAAGCUUACAUCCCUGCAAAUAAGGGAUUCUCUACUGGAUCAGCCAAUUAUUCUGCUUCAGGAAAGUUAUAUGGUUUAGUUCAGUGUUGGAAAGAUAUAUCAAUACAAGAUUGUAAAACAUGUUUGGUUAAAGCAAGGAACCAGAUGGGGAGUUGUUGUUCUACAAAAGAAGGAGCCCAGGUUUUGUACGGGAGCUGCAAGAUAAGAUAUGAAUUAUACCCAUUUUACGACUCUGCUCAGGAGCCCUCUUCGUCUCCUGUGGGAUCCCCUUCAACUACUUCCGCACCUUUCCUUCCUCCUACAGCAGCACCCUUCUCUCCUAAAAAAAUCAACGAAACUUCUUUGACCACAACAAAACUUAAAAUUAUAGAAACUAAAAGUUAUUUGAUUGUAUUCUGCAGAAAAGUUUUCCAAAACACUAUCUAUGGUAUUGGGACUCACGGGAGGCAUCAUUCUGGUGUUACUUAUUUUUCUAAAUGUAUCGAGAAAAAUAGUUAG